GUGGGAGCUGCUGCUAUGCAACUACAAACGGAAUAUAUAAGGUUGUCUUUUCCCGUUGCUGUGUAUAAUAUCAUCAUCAUGCAAUAUUAAACGGAUGAACAGAAAAAAUGAGUAAGUACUUAUACUUGAUUCAUCAAUGCUAUGCAGUUGAUUAACUUGUAGGCUUUGUUGAUUGUAGUACUAGAAGUGAAUAUGUCACGUGAUUGACUUUCUUCUUUUCCAGUCGGGGCUCUACUUGAUUUUGCUUCUAGAGUCGGAAGGAGCAAAUUUAGGUUCCAGGAACAGGGUCAGUCGUGGUGCGUGCUGUACAUAAAUUCAGUUUUCUAGUUAGGAAGGCUCUACGUCUACUGAAGAAUAGGUAGACGUAGGGCUCUCCUACAGAAUAGGUAGACUUGCUCCUUCCGACUCUAGGGAAGCAAGUAACUGGAGGGAGGAAAGUGAGGCCCAUUCGCUAAUGCAAGGGACGGGACCAAACGGCCGGGACGAGGAGGACAGAGAUAAGGCGACUAAAACUUUUCAACAUACUAGCACUGCCUAUGUUCACUGACAGGACGUCGGCUGCUUUUGAUAGGCUGAAAAUAGAACUACUGUGCGCAGGUACAGGCUUGCCCUCUCGAAGGUGGGCCCAUUCCUAUGACAUGUAAGUAUUCUAUUCUGUCCUAUCCUUUCCUUUCCUUUCCUGAUAGGCUAAAAAUAGAACAGCUUCAUCUUGGCGAUUCUCGAGCGACUGAGUCGACUAUUCACUAUAAUCAGUUGUUGGCUCCCCUCGUCCUCGUUGUCCAAAGCUGGGCGCUAACACAGUUUUCAUUGCCGCAUACCUUUACAUGUUCACUCAUAUAUCUAAAAUAAACAAAGCACUAAUGGUUGUUCCUUAUUAUCUGCGAGAGUGUCUUUCAAUUCAUCUGGUUGUUUUGCAAAGUCUCUAUUAUUAGUACAUACUAGUACAGUUUCGUAGUUUCGGAUACUAAAAAGUUUUUUGUUGAUUUUGGUAAAGAGUCGGUCAGGAUACUAAAUUUUUUGUCGAUAUUGGUACAGUGUCGUUCAGGAUACUAAAUUUUUUGUCGAUAUUGGUACAGUGUCGACGUUGAGGAUACUAAGCUUUGGAAAUGAAUAUAAGGUGUCUUUUCCACUAAAUUUUCUCCACUGACUCCACUAAGCUUUUGACUUCUUUCUAAUGUUCUCUGCAUCGAGUUCAUCCCGCCUAUGGUCAAGAGGGGUCUGCUCCUCCUCGCACACCAUCUCAGGAUUACAACUUAAGAGAGUGACACUGUUCAACUCAGAAUCCAACACCUCCUAGUUGUAAACUGGAACAUAGAUAAUAGAGGAAGAUGACCCGACAUUUGUCUAGUAGUAGGGACACCUCGCAAUCGCAUACUUCUAAGUAUAUAUGUAGGAACGAGUUGUACACGCACACUCGCGGAACACGUUUUUGAAAAAGUGAAAAUGUGUUACCCAUUGAACAACUCUAGCUAGAGGGCAAAGUCAAAAAAAAGGGGGUCUCGUGCUGCCCUAUCCUAUUCUAUGAGGAGGAGUGACGUCCAAGUAAAUCAUGCCUAGAAAAAUGUGGCUUAUAGAAGACUGUGUGUGUGCUACCUCUUGAAAGUUCUAAACCCUCGUGGAAGAGCCCAAAGUGUGGGAGGCAUGGGGCCCUCUGGGAAUGAUGAAGAGCAUCUUCGAAAAACUGGACGACCAAAUCGCUGUUAUGGUCUACUAGAUGCGCCUAUUGUUGUUCAAUAA